CUGAGACGACAAGGUAUCAAGAAAAUAUACACAUUCAAAUUGUUUUUCUUUGCCUUGCUUUUCAAUUUUGUUCAGAUUACAUGGAUUCUGUGUUAUAUGAUGCUCUCAUUAAGGACAACAUUGAUGUCCUUAAGGAGAUGGAGCACAAGCUUAGCCUCCACGACCAAUUGACUCCUACGAAAAAUAAUGUGCUUCAUCUUGCAUGCCAACACGGGAGUGUGAAAUGCCUGGAACAUAUUCUGAGUGAUGAUGAAUCACUACUGCUAAAGACCAACUCAAGAGGCGAGACCGGGCUUCACCUGGCAGCAAGACAAGGGCAUUAUGAAGUGGUUGUAGCACUCUUUGAUGUUGCAGCAAAGUCUUUGCCUCCACAACCGAUAUGCUUCAGGAAGUCAUCACUAAGUCUCAAACAAGUUCUGAUUAGAACACUCAAUAAGGAAGCGGAAACUGCCUUGCACCUGUCUGUACAAUACAAUCACAACAACCUGGUUCAACUGCUAGUAACUGAAGACCCGAGCCAUUCGUAUCCUCAGAAUAAGCAUGGCAAAACUCCUCUCUGCUUGGCUUCUUUAUGGUGUUACAGUGACAUAGUUAGAACAAUUCUUGAUAAUUCUGAAUCCCUAACUUUUGAGGGUCCUCAUGGAUCUACAGCUUUGCAUGGUGCAACAAUGAAUGAUGCUGGACAUGAGACUGUAAAACUUUUACUGGAAAGGAACAAGGCUCUCAUAAAGGUACCAGACAAACACGGGUGGACAGUAUUUCAUUAUGUAGCACUUAACGACCUGCAUGCCAUAGUUGAAGAUCUUGUACGUGUAGACAAAUCUGUGGGUUACCUAGUAGCUCUAUUUGAAAGAACACCUCUUCAUGUAGCAGCAUAUGAAGGAAAUGUUAAUGUGAUGAAAAAACUUUUGGAAUAUUAUCCAGACACUUUGGAUAUUGUAGACAGUCGUGGUCAAAAUAUAUUGCACAUAGCUAUCUGGCAAGACCAGAAGGAGGUGAUCAGAUUUAUAUUAUCACAAGGUCGUGAAGGAAUCACUGACCUUUUGAUUCAAAGGGAUAAGAAAGGACAUACAGCUCUCCAUCUGAUUGCCAAGCUGGGAUGUUAUGUCGAGGAACUCAUGAACCUAAGGACUGUUGACUGGAUGGUGCAAGACUCAAAAGGUCGCACUCCAUUAGACGUUCUAAACAACGGACUUGACACUUUAGCUGAUCAGGUGCUAGUGAGAACAAUGCUUACUAAUGCUAAAGCUAAGAGAACCGGAUUCUGGUUUUAUUUAAAAACUCCUAAAGAGGUUCAGUUGAUUCAGAAAAUAAAGGAAAACAAAAAGAGGCCACCAGCCAAAAAUUUUGAAAAAAUAAUCAACACUCAUAUCAUAGUGGCUGCAUUAAUAACCACAGUGGCCUUAACAGCAGGAUUCGCCAUGCCAGGUGGUUUUAAUUCGACUGAAGGAGAAAACCAAGGAUCUCCGAUGCUCUUAAAAAAAGCUUCCUUUCAGACAUUUAUAAUUGCAGAUGCAAUAGCCCUCUUACUUUCAAUUUCAUCACUAUUCCUCUACUUUUAUACAAUAAUGUUCACUGAUAAUUAUAAAAUUACUGCAACGAUGUUCCAGGCUUCUGGUACUCUCAACAUUCUCUCGAGUUUGGCAAUGAUGCUGGCAUUCAUAACGGGAACGCUGUGCUAGAUUACUCACGACCCCUUGCCAUUAGUAUUUGUGUCAUCUCUUCUCUUUUCUUUCUCUUUGUUUCUUAUGUGUGGUUUGACAUGUUUUGUUGGAAGAUAUGUGUUCUAAUUCUUUGGUCAUUUCGGAGACUUGGAAAGACAAAAUUGUUUGGACGCCAAAAGAUAUAGCUGCUCAAGUUGUUUGGUUACAACUGAAUUAUUUAAAAUAUACUGCUCAUGUAAGCUUUGUAAACCUGUUUCACAUAUUCACAUGUUUGUCAACCUGGUGCAUUUGUAUAAUUUGAUCAAUUUAUUAUUUUCUUACAUUUAUGCAAUAUUCAAGUGAUGAUUUUGAAUGUAUA